AUGGAUUUCGCCUCCCUCAUGGCCAAGCAAAUCUCCAAAUCGACAGGCAGCACAACCAAGGGCAGCCCGUCACCACAACUAGCGACCUCCCCGGACGCAGCAUCCUCCACCGCGGCCCCCACUUCCUCCGCGACCCCGAAAUUCAUCAACCGGCGCGAGGCCGAGGAGGCCCGCAAGGCCGCCUACCUAGCGGAGCAGAAGGCCCUCGAGGCGGAGCGCGCGGCACGGGCGACGGCGAAACGGCGACGCGAAGAGGAGGCGGCCGAGGAGGACCGGGCGCGCGACGAGAAGCGGCGGCGCCUGGCCGAGGAGGGCCGGCGGCGCAGGGAGGAGAGGGAGGCGGCCGAGGAGCGCGCCAGGCGCCGCCGCCUGGGCCUGCCCGAGCUGCCCCCGCCCGGCAAGGAAGGGGCCGCCGCGUCGUCGGCGGAGGAUUCGGAUGAUGAUGACUAUGCCGGGGGUGCCGCGGCGGACGUGCCCGAGGAGGAGCUGGCGGCGAAGCUGAGGGACCUGGGCGAGCCGGCGGCGCUGUUCGGGGAGGGCCAUGCUGCGAGGCUGAGGCGGUUCCGCAGGCUGACGGGCCAGGUGGCCGUGGCGGGUCACGCGGGGCCCAUUGCGACCACGCUGGCGCCGGUCGAGGAGAAGGACAUGAAGGUCUCCGGCACGGUCCCCAAGCCAGAGGACAGGGCCGGGCGGAAGUGGCUCUACAGGCAACUGACGUCGUACUUCAACAUGGUGCUGCGGGAGUGGGAGAUUGCGCUGGCGAAGGAGGGGAGUCGCGACACGCUUAGCAGCAAGGCGGCGGUUAGUGCUAUGCUGUCUAGCAAGGAGACGAUGAAGCCGCUCUUCCGCAAGUUCGAGAAGCGAAUGCUGGACGAAAGCAUUCUGAAGGCUAUCGUGGAGAUCGUCAAGGCGGCACAGGAGCGGCGUUACGUGGACGCCAACGACGGCUAUCUGCGGCUGAGCAUCGGAAAGGCCGCCUGGCCCAUCGGCGUGACCAUGGUGGGUAUCCAUGAGCGAAGCGCUCGAGAGAAGCUACACAACGGCGAAAGAGGUCAUGUCAUGGGAGACGAGGUGACGCGGAAGUAUCUGCAGAGCAUCAAGAGAUGCUUGACUUUUGCCCAAGUAAGGUGGCCGCCCGAGGAUGUGCGGCAGCUCAUGGGCUGA